CCGCCAUAUUAAUUUAUACAAGUCAACGACUAGUUGAGCACCAUCUGUUGAACCUCUGACACAAACUUCUGACCUGGAGACGAGAAUGAUCAAUGCCACCAUAUUGUUCGUUCUCGCAUUUGCCGGACAAAACAUUCCUGUUUCGGAGGCUGCUGGACAAGUGCCGCCGAAUAUCCAAAUGACGUUCAAUCACAUCGCAAUCGUAAGAAAUACAGUGGCCAACAAAAUAAGCAAUAUAUAUGACAAAAACACUAGGGCGACUACGACGUUGAUUUCGGAUAAGAUAACCGCAGGCUUGACAGAAGCUAGGGAAUAUGUUGACCUUAUGGUGUACAACUGUGUGAGGAAGGAGUUUAUGGAGUACCACGGCUGGAAGAACUGCGAAAAUGUUAAAGACGGAGUAACGGCACUGACUGAAAUGAAGAUUACGAAAGAUCGCAUUAUUGGAAACAAAGAGAGGGAAUCUCAACCUCAACAGAGAGCAAUACAAGAUUUUCUUAACAAUCAAAAUGCCGGUGUUAAUUUAGAAAAUUUGGUGAAUGAAUAUCUAAAAAUUAGUAUCAAAUUUGAGUUCGGCCAAUGUACAAAAUAUGGUGGUGUCAUGAUCGACAAGGCUUUCAAACCAUAUAAAAAAAAGAACGAAGCUUAAAAAUCACAGACCUUGAAGGUGAAUGAAGUUAAUAAACUCAGUC